GUAUUGGGAUCCAACACAUGCAUUGGAACGCCUAUUAUAUGUUCACAGCGCGUCACUAUGUAUCUUCAGCGAGCAUAUCCUUGCUGUAAGUUAACUGGAGCGCAGAAAAAGAUGAGCCUGUUAAAAGGUCCACUGCUGCCGCUACUUCUAUAUACUUUUUCCCGUUUGCAUUUGUGUGACCCGUAGGUAUUGUAUCCAAUUCUACUUCAUCACAAUGCAUAUAUUAAGGCAAGCUACCUCGACAGGAACCGGCGCGUCGCCAACAGGUUCAAGUUUGCCUGCUGCUUGCUACGACCCGUGUAACAAUGCAUAUCUCGAAUACCAACGUGUGGGGAAAAACUCGUCAACAUUAUGUGCGAGCGGCUCGGCAUUCCAGAGUUACGUCGGAGCAUGCAAGAGUUGUAUUGGCGAUGCGAACCUGGAUAACAGUAACUUAAAAAGUAUCCUCGAAUAUUGUGAUGCGGUGGACCCAGCAUCCUCAAUUUCCAGCACUCCAGGCGCGACGGCGACAGCAAGUUCGGACUCAGUUAGGUAUACAACGCUAUCAACUGUAUCCCCGAGUACGUUUCUCACUAAUCUUGACAUAGUGUCCGAUGGAGUUACAAUGACAUGGUGGCAGUCAAUCCAAUUGACUGUAUUCGCACCAAUCCCAUCAACGGGGAUCAUCGAGUCUACAGCGACAGCCAACGGAGAAACACAUGUUGUUACAUUCACGACAACCUUUGCUCAACUACCAAGCGGCUUGACAGAAGCCAUAAUUAGCGGGACUACAAGUACGACAAGUACAAGUGGUCCACCUUCAAAUACUCCAUCUCCAGCCGCGCCCGGCCCAGAACAAACACAGGUUUCUAGCCGUGCUUGGAUUGCUGGUCCCGUCGUAGGCAGCGUAGCUGGGGUGUUACUUAUCGCAUUAGGGGGGUUAUUCCUUUGGCGUCGUGGGCGUAAGCAGCGCCAAAUAAGAACGGACAACGAGUUACACGGAAAUACUGUGAAAACAGAGAUGGACGCCCCGAAUCGCCCACAAGAACUAGACACAGCCAGUAUUAGAGCAGCUCAACCCACCUCACCACAGGAACUCGCAGCAGAUGGACGAUAG